GCAAAAGUAAAGCAGGAUAGCAACUUCCUCAUUUACAAUUCCAUAACGUGCUUGAAAUUUAAAGAGCAACAUUUGCUAGUGUGGGACUCCUGCAAACUAUGAAGGAGCUUAAAGCAGCAGCACCAGCCAAACAAGACAUUUUAAGAGACUAUGUUGCAUACUAUGGCACGAAGUGGUCGGAAGGAAAACUUCUGAUCUGCAACGAGACAACGAUAAAAGCAAAAGCUAAACACUUCCUGGAGUCUGGUGCCUGCCCUGCUGAGAGAUUUAGCAGGUUUAGCUUCUACAGCAUUGCAGAGAAUUGUUUAAAGAUGAAAAAGCAACAAGGAGGCAAUGUUUUCAAAAACCUCAUCCAAGCUUUCGAGUUCCUGGAGCUGCUCUGCAUCAACCUGUUCCUCUCUCCUUGGAGAAAAGAAAUAAAGUCGCUGAAGACGUUUACAGGUAAUUUUGUCUACUGUGUUCAAUCAGUGCUCCCAGAAAACAUAGUAAAAACAAUACUGGAGAAAAUAGGUUACAUUGCAACAACAGCAACAGAGUAUUCACUUGUCAGAAAGAUAAAUGAGGAGGAAACAAAAGAGACUGCAUUUGAAAUAUUUCUUGCAAGGAUCGAGUGUGAAACCAUCCUUGAAAUGAUAAACGAAGUACAACACAGUGAUUUGGGGGAUAUCCUACAGAAGAGAGCACAAAAGCAUUGGUAUCAUGAAGAGAACAAGGACAGAGAGAGUCAACCUUUCCAGAGAGAGGACCCUGAAAAUCUGGAAAACAAAGAAAAUAAUGAGAUUUCUUCAUGCCUUGGUGCUCAACAGAAGUCCUCAACAAAGAGUGAGAAAUCCUUUGAAACUGCUGGAAAUAGUAAGAUCAAAGAUGAAUCCCAUUUUAAACCUCCUGCUGAUGUGCCUCAGUUAGCAUCUACUCAAUCCACUAGCAGGCUUCAAGUACACCAGAGGCAAGUGAGUGAGUCAGCACACUCUCAUGGCAAAUGCUCAGAUAGUGAAGACUUCUUGAACAAAUACAGUGACAUCGUCAUAGGACAAAAGCCUAUCUUCAGUGAGAAUUCUUCUCAGAAAGUGUUUGAAGAGAAGCUAAGAGGUGAUCAGAGUGAAGAAUGUGUUUUGGUGAUCUCAACACCGUUGACAGCAAACGAAGCUGGUCCCAAACCACUCUCACCAGGUGCAAGCGGCCCACAAGCCUUUGCAAUAUUUACUGACGCUAUUCCUGAAAGCAGAAAUGCCCUUGAUAAAUACAGAGCCCAAGAGGUCCCUGAAGAAACCAUCGAAGCAAAAAUCAGUGAUGCCAUGAAUUGCAUAGGCACCUCCACAAAUCCUGCAGAUCAACCCCAGGAGCUGAAGCCCCUGUCUCAUGGCAAUACAGUUGUUACAGAAUGUAAUUUAACCAGAGAAGACAAAGUUUGUGAAAUGUCUUUAUCUUUUAGCAAACUAAAAAUCCAGGAAGCCAGUGAUGAAGAGCUUAUGUAUCCAGUAGAGGAAACUGCACAACCUGAGUGUAUAACGAAUGUAAAUACAAGUGAUAAAGACAUCAGAGAAUGGAAUCACUCCAAGAUGAAAUAUAUAUAUCCAGCUAGGAUUCAGACAACAAAUAAAGCACCUUUCAGUGUUGGUCAGUCUUCCUCAAACCUACUUGGUAAUGCCACUGGGGGCCCCGAGUGUCCUACUACUGGCUCGGAUAACAAGAGACUAUUAACGGAUACGCCUGGUACACAUGCAACUUCAGAGGGUUUCAGACACAUCAGAGAGCCACCUAAUCUCACUUACAUCCCUCCCAGAAGUAUUUAUGUUCCACCUGCAGGCCCUAGCGCCACCACUGUGAAUUGUAGGAAGAGCCACUUACAGCCUGAAGGAGGCUCGCUUGAGUCCUCUUCAUCUACAGAAGUGAAUGAAACUAACCAAGAGGACUAUGUAAUUAUCAGCAAGGAUGGUGAAUAA